AAUACACAUUCCUAUUACCGGUAUACAUAAUUUUAUCCACGCCAUUUUAUCUAGAACAAAUUAAAGUUUGUGAACAUUUUCAAAAUAAAAUUAAAAACUAGUCCAAGAAAACGAUUUUUACGUAAAAAACAGUAGAUUUAUUAUAUUCGUAAUGUCUGAUUAUCGAUCACAAUCGCGGGAUGGACAUCGUGAUAGUGGACGUGGCGGUGGCGGACGAGAUUAUUCCAGUGAUGAUGAUCCGCCCAUGUCGCGUCUUUUCAUAAUUUGUAACAAAGCACAUACCGAAGAAGAUUUCCGUGAUGCAUUUUCUCCAUAUGGUGAGAUUGAAGAUAUUUGGGUUGUAAAGGAUAAAAAUUCGGGCGAAAACAAAGGAAUCGCUUAUGUAAAAUUUGCCAAAACAUCAGACGCCGCUAAGGCACAAGAAGAGAUGAAUGGCAAAACCAUUGGUAAAAUGGAUCGCACCUUGAAGGUAUUAGUAGCAGCAAAUCGAAACCAAGGUUCGAACAAGUCAGAGAAUGAACAGGAAAAGUAUGUGCGUUUAUUCAUUGUUAUAUCGAAAUCUGCAACAGAAGAGGAAAUCAGAAACGAAUUUUCACAAUGGGGAGAUGUGGAAAAUGUGACGAUAGUUAAAGACAAAUCCACAGGAUCUCCGAAAGGAUUUGGUUAUGUUCGAUUCACAAAAUUUUAUCAUGCUGCAGUAGCCUUUGAAAACUGCCCCACAAAGUAUAAAGCAGUAUUCGCUGAACCAAAAGGUUCAACACGAUCUCAAAGAGAUCAAUACGGUCGACCAGCGGAUGAUAGCCCACUUAUUAGUUCCGGUCGCAGUGGUGGCGGUGGUGGAGGUAGUGGCAGCGGCUCUUAUAACAAUGGCAACUUCAACAAUGAUUGGAAUUGUUCUUUCAAUAGCGAUAUGGCAGCAUUCCUCCGUAUGCAGAAUGUACCAGUACCACAACCAACAUGUUUAGAAGUGAUUGCUAGUCAUUCCGUGAAUCAGGAUCAGUUAUGGCGUUUAUUUGAUAUAAUCCCUGGCUUGGAUUAUUGCCAAAUAACUAGAGAAUAUGGACCGAGAACUAAUGAAGCAAUAGUGCUUUACGACAACCCUGAGGCAGCUAUUUAUGCAAAAGACAAAUUGCAUGGUUUGGAAUAUCCAAUGGGGGAGCGUAUCAUAGUUAAAGUGGCCGGAAUGAGUUCAGCUAGAAUGGACACAUCUUUUAUAGACAAGCGUACUAAAAAGGAUUCAAUAUGUAAUGUCCCAUUGCCACCUGCCCAGCCCAUGGUAUCGCCCGAUACAACAGUAGCACAGCGUUUGUUUAUCGUUUUAGCUGCGAAUCUUCCGCAGUCUAUAUUGAAGAAUGUUUUCUCUUGUUGGAAGGGUUUAAUCGAUGUUUACUUGCUACCGAAUAAAAAUUGCGGCUACGUUAAAUACGCGGAUAGAGAUAGUGCCCAAAAAGCCAUUCAAACAUUGAACGGUGCGGAAAUUUGUGGCACAAAAAUUAAGGUAAUGGAAGCCGAAGAACGAGGUAAUGGAGAUGGCGAUGAUAAUGGAAGGAAACGCUUGCGUAGAAAUUAAAUACAUAAAACAUAAAGCAAACCAAAUUAAAACCAUAACAGUAACGUUCCAUUACUUAAUAAAACAAGAUAUAUAAUGAAACUAACUGACUGCAGAAAACAUUUACGGAAACUAAACGCAAACGGAGUUAAAACGGAAACUGGUAGAUACAAUAAGAACGAAGAUAACACAAAGGUGGUGAAAGCAUAUACUACAUACGAAUAUGUAAAAUGCUUCAGCAAUGAGCAAAACCACCAAACAAAACGACUUAGACCUUCACAAUCACUGUGUCACAGUCAUAGUCACCACAAUAUGAAUAAUGCCACAGAAUGCCACUUGUAUAGACAAUGACCGAUUUGAGACCAAGUACCCCAAAACUAAAACGGAGUCAAAACCGCUAACGAAGCGCAACGGACACUGCAAUGAGUUAUAGUACAGAAACAAAUUGAUAUUACGAGUGUUAAUUUGAGAAGAGCUUUUACAAGAAUAAAUGAACGAAAUUAGCGAAAAAUUGAACGUAACCUAAACUAGAACGAGAACGCGAACCUGAACUAAACCCAUAUGGACAAAAAUAA